AGUUUCGUGAAAAUUUAAGCUCUCUGGAAUGUAUUCCGUUGAUAAUCUUAAUAUUCCACGUUCUUAUUCACAUAAGAUUUUGAUGAAAUUUAAAAAAAAAUAUUAUAUUCGGGUUGUGACAUUGAAUAUUCCAUAGGAAUUUGAGCUUUUUGAUAAUACCGUGCACAGCACAUGCGUAAAUAAAAUCUUUUCGGAAUAUAACAUUCUUACAAGACUGUAGAGGGUUUGAGGAACCAGAAUUUUUUUUUUAUUUUGUCUGCCGAAUUCCUCACUAUUAAUUGUAUAGAACAGAAUAUAAUAGUUUUUCAUCUAGAAGAAACUCCACUUCCGAUAAAAAUGCAAUUUCAAAAGAAUUAUUAAUCUCUAUCCAUCAAAAUUAACCAUUAAAAAUGAAAUCUCAUUAUUCAGUUCCACUCAAACCAUGAUAUUUCACAGACAUUUAUAUAUCAAACAGUUUGAGUGUUUUUAUAAUCGAAUCCGAGUAUCAUGAUCCUUAGCGGGAUUGUCCUUUCAAUAAUAUGUGUUAUCUCUGUAUCCACUUCCCAUCUCUGGAACUAUCAGGAUCAAUACUACUGGCCAGGCGAUUUAUGCUCUAAAAUCACGAACCAAUCCCCUAUCGAUCUUGUGGAAAGUACUAUGACUAUAAUGUAUUUAAAACCAUUCGUUUUCACAAAUUGGAAUAAAGUAUACGACGCUGAGUUACUCAAUGAUGGACAUUCCAUUGAUGUGUACCUACGUUACGAUGGUCCAAUAACUGUUGAAGCUGGAGGACUUCCAGGAUUGUACAAACUGCACCAGAUCCACUUCCAUUGGCCCUCUGAACAUACCAUAAAUGGAAGGAGGAAAGCCUUGGAACAACAUUUUGUCACUUAUCAACAUCAGUAUGAAUCUAUUGAUGAUGCUAAAAAGCACUAUAAUGGAAUAGCUGUUAUAGGAGUUCUGUAUAAAUUAUCUGCACAAGCGAAUGAAAAUUUGCUACCGAUUGUGAAUAAUAUUGGAAAGGUUAAAAACUUUGAAAACAGUACCAUGAUAACGAUCAAUCCUUCAAAACUGCUGCCACGAAAUUUAAGAAAAUUCUAUAGAUAUUCUGGUUCCCUUACAACACCAGAUUGCAAUGAGGGAGUGGUGUGGACAAUUUUUAGUGACGUAGAUUCUAUUUCACCACAACAAAAACAUCGUCACUGAAAAAUGGGUAUAAUUAACAACGAGCGAACAUUUUGAUGCUUGAUAUACUUGCAAUUCCUUACAUUGUUUCAUAUUGUACAAAUUCUUGAAGCUAACAAUAAAAUUGGAUUUUAUAUGAUUAUA